AUGGCAAUUAGUUUGUUGGUUCGCGAGGUAUCCGACCUCUGUCUUGGAAAGCCAGCGUUGAGGUCACUCUCCAUUUCCGCCCCCGUCAACGAUGUAUUGUUGAUGCUCAAGGGGUCGAGUGACAACUUUCUUAGCGUUUGGAGUUGUAAUCAUUCCUCGAAUGCGAAAGUCGGCUUCAAGGAUUGUCGAUGUGUCGUGAACCUUUGCAUGGUUGGAGACGCGUCCUGGCCAUUGGAUAUUGGGAAAUUAAUCGGGGAGAUCUCCCCAUACACCCUGGCAAGCUGCGAUGAAACAGUCGCAGUGGAAAUUACAACCCUCUCAGUGGGCAAUUUAAUGGCUUACAUCGACUACGGUGGUCCGCCGGAAGCCCUGGUGCAGGUGGUGAAGGCAAGGUUGAAAGAGAGGAAGUUGGAAGGAAUGUUGGAGGAAUUCUCCCUGUCAUCGUGUUCGUCAGACAAGGAGUCCUCUUCGUCGUCACCAAGGGCGCCAUUGCGGUUGCGCAGGUAUAGUCGACAGGGAAGUUACUCGGCGAGGAUGGUGGGGAGAGCGGAGGCAUCUCUCUGCACCAGUACUUCAUCGAUGAAGUAG